UUAGAAAGCAAAAACGCGCAUUCUUCGUGUUUUGUUUAACCGGGUCUGCCUUGCCUGCUAGGUAUAGCCAUAUCUCCCCUUCUAUCACUUUCGUUUACGUCGUCAUUCAAGCCGGUUCUUGUGUGUCGAAGAUUUGACCAAUUUCAAUUACUUACAAAAUUCAGCUCAGGGAAUUUACGUUUUUGUUGCUGUCCGCCUUUUGUAAAGGAAAGAAUGAGUUCCACCAUUGAAUCUUCGUCCACCCGCAGUGCCAUCUACCGGGUCAACCAGAGCAGAACAUUCUACGAGUUUGUGCUGGAGCAGAAGAAUGCUUUGGCGUCCUCGGUCGAGAGCAUUUCGGUGGACGAUGCCACGAACCAGAUUGAGUUGGCGCUAAGCUUUAUGAAGCACUACAUGGAGCAGGACAGCGAUGGCUUGACGGAUCAACCGGAGUGCAAACAUCGGGUGAUCCUGGACACUCGUAAGUCGAUGUUUGAAAUCUUGCUGGAUCUGCACUCGUCGAUGCGUGCCACGUGCGUUGGAUUCAACGUGUACUUCACCGGAGGUGACCCCAGGAAGGAUUCGUUCGUUGCAAAGCUGCUGGAGUUUCCCAACUUUGAAAAUGGAGCUGAUGCUUUGGACAUUCCAGAGAUUAAUUUCGAGGUGUCUUUCUGCACGAUGAUCGUCUUUGAUUCCAGUGAUCUUGAAUCAGCCACAGAUGUGCUUGCGAAGGCAUGGGAGAACUGUUCAGUGCCAUGGGAGAUCCGUAGCUUGUUGGUGCAAGAAACAGUACAGGAGAAGUUCAUCCAGUUGCUCGAAAGCAAGCUCAAACCAUUCCCAACAAGUCACAUUCCACUGCAGGAUAAAUUACAGAGUGCCAUUGACAAAGCUACCUCAACUGGUCUUAGAGUGAUUCGUCCUGAAGGAGUUAAGGACUCGACGGCGCCCGCUGUAGUCUAUGGUUCGAGUGUGGACUUCUUCCUUCCAGCUCAUGCUCUGGAACCCAGUCCGGUCGUAGUGAUGAACGUGUUCAGAACCCCAAAGGAAGCAAUCAGUUUGGUUAACAAAAGCAACGGUGGAUCGGUGUCCCUUUGGACUGAGCAGUUGUGUCUGGCCAUGGAAACUGCCUAUGCUGUGGAAGCACAGACCGUUUGGGUCAAUACGUACGCUCGUUUCAACCCAGCAUUCCCGUAUUCGUUCCGUUGUAAUGGUUACUGCUAUGGGUCUGAAUACGCGGUGUACGAGAAGAAGGUCAAAGCGGUAUUCAUUCCGUCGGCGGAAAAUCCCAAGAACUCCGCGGAGAAGAACAAGGCGGCCAUCAGUGCCCUGGGGGUGGUGUCCAACGAGGUGAAAAACCAUCGAUUUGCAUUUGUCCGCAAUGAGAAAAAUGUCCAUUAUGAAGUUAUCAGUACUCCCUACAAGAUCGAGAAUUACAAUCCAGAUCAUGCUAUGCAAAUUGUUGAGGGCUUCUGGGACAAAUACGUAUCGAUUGAUUUUAAUGAUAGGAAUCUAGUUUUGGAUACUGUCCAUAAUCAACGUAAAACUGUUGUCAUUCCAUAUGGUGUAAGCUUUGCUAAUUAAAUGUUGAUGAUUGUUUGUGAAAUAAAUAUAUGUACCUUACAACUGAA